AUGAAGUCCAAGGAGAUUAGAAGAGUAUACAUACGUAUACGCGAGACACUAGGACCAGUGUCUCGAACCCCGUUACGCAUAGGAACAGCCGAGCAAGAAGAGAGAACUGAGGACACAUCAAUGCCUCAGGCAAAGGGAGAAACGAUAAGAGCAGAAGAAGAGAGAAUGAGAGCUGAGAAAGAAAGGGUGAGAGUACAACAAGAGAAAGAAAAAGAAAGAAAACUAGAGGAAGCAAUGAAAAAGAAAGCUGAGACGGAGAAGAAGAAAAAGGAGGCGGCAGAACGAGCAGAGCAAGAAAGAUUAGCUGAGAUUGCUCGUGUUAAAGUAGAGAAGGAAUAA